GGGCGUUCUGAGAAUCGAACUCGGGACCUCUCGCACCCGAAGCGAGAAUUCUACCACUGAAACAAACGCCCAUGUUACUUUAAUAAUAAACUAUUUAAUAUAUAAAAUUUAUGGGCCCUACUUACUGCAAUUUGACUGAAAGUAAAAAACACAGAGUAAAAAAGAUGGGGCGUUCGGAGAAUCGAACUCCGGACCUCUCGCACCCAAAGCGAGAAUUCUACCACUAAACUAAACACCCAUGUUGCUUUAAAGUCAACUAUAUAUAUAUUAAAUUUUUACCGUUCGUAAAAGGUGAAAACACAAGGAAAAAAAGAUUGGGGCGUUCGGAGAAUCGAACUCCGGACCUCUCGCACCCAAAGCGAGAAUUUGAAAACACAAGGUAAAAAAGAUUGGGGCGUUCCGAUUUUUAAAAGGUGAAAACACAAGGAAAACAUUGGAUCAGUUGAUUUUGUGGUUUGCUUACAAGCUUUUUGGCUGCAGGUUGGAGUAAAAGAUCUGAAGGAGAAGCAGAGAAACAAGUCAAUUUUGUUAAAUCCUAUCUAAAUAUUGCUACCUUAACUCAGUUGUUAGUUUAGUUAGAAGUGUAAUAAGGACUAUAAAACCAAGUGCUCCAAUGUUUUUGUAUAUAUGCAGAAGCAAUGUGCUGCAAGGCACUUGUAUGGAUUUCUCGUCCACUUGAGGAGAAAGAUUGCAACUCAAUUUCUUCCAUGAAAGAAUUGGUGAGUCACUUGGUUUCUCUUUUGCCCUACUUUUAUAAUUCACAAGUGGACGAAGAUUGCAACUCAAUUUCUUCCAUGAAAGAAUUGGCUGGAACAUACAUCAAAGAGUUUGUUCAUGGAGAUCUUGGUCGUACCACUCCCAGCAUUGGAUCAAUUUUAGGUUGCAGGGCGGAGAUAAUACAAUUAGAUGUGACUGAUGUGAAAAUGGGGGAUUCUUGAAGGGCCGAGUAACAAUCCACAAGCUCUCAUAUUUUCUAGUUUUGAUUCAUAUAAAAAUCUUAUAUUUUCCCAUAAAUUUAUUAGUCUAUUGUAUUUUGAUCUUUAGAAUAAAGAAUUACUUGAGCAAUACAAUUAUAACGUGGAUGCAGUCAGUGUUUGGUUAGAAUUGAAUUACUGUCGAAAAAAUUUAGUGUAUAAACAUGGAUGUGAAAG